CCAGCCCCUCGAUCCCACCUCAGUUCUAUUUGAAAAGUCGUGCUCGAAAUCAAUAUGAAAUUCCUUGCUGUGCUCGUUUUGGUUUGCUGCCUGUUGGGAGUGUCCCUGGCCAAUCUUAAGAAUCCAAUCUGUGGCGAGGAGUUUGGUACUAUGGGUAAAUGCCAAGGAAGAAGUCAAAAGUGGACUUACCGUCGUGACACCAACGAGUGUAUUCAGUUUUAUUAUACCGGCUGCAAUGGAAAUAAAAAUAACUUUGAAAACAAAAGGGCUUGCGAACAGGCCUGCAAAUUUUAAGAAACUAAUGGAAAUUAAUUACCACUGAAUCAUUUGUUAUUUUUAAUAAAUAAAGUGAUUUAAAGAUUGAA